AUGGGUUCAUUUGCUGGAAAGUGUGAAAUUGUUGAAGAGAAAGAAGACCGUCAAAACUCGAUUGUUUACUCCGCGAGAUCAACCACUAUUCCACAUUCUGGUUCAAGCCUUGUAGACGACAAGGACCUGGAGCGACCGGUACUGAAAUUAGGUUACAGAGGUUCACUAGAAGAUGAUAUCAACCAACUUUUCGAGUCUAUAAGCAUUCGAACAUCCGGAAUGAUUCCUUCUUACCAAGUUGGUGCAAGUAGUAGCAAUAGAAACAACAGUUCGUUACAGCGGACCGCUCUGAAAAGUCCCGCGAUUCCGGGAGGACCUCGAUCACCGAGUAAGAGAAAUGCGGAACCAGCAAGAAAUGCGGAACCAGCGACAUUAAAGCAAGCUUUGAGAGAUUUAUGUGUCACUAAGGCAUCAGAAACAGCAGCUAGCAAACGGACUAUUAAGACUAGUAGUGGGGGUUCCGUUUAUGGAUCGGUUUUGGUUGAACCGGGAAGUGGAGCUAGCGAAGAAGGAAAGGCGGUUCUUGUCGAGUUACUUGAUGAAGCUCAAAGCGGUUCAACAGAGAGUAUAUCGCAGCAGCUUCGUCUUCUUAAGAUACAUUCUUCAAGCCAAAACUCUCAGACAUCAAAGCGGUAUUGCGAUGAAAUGUCGAUACUAAAGAAAGACAAGAACUGGUCUCUUGAUGACGCGGAAUUGAGUAUGGCGAAAAGGAGCUUCGGUUCAUCGUCGCCCGGAUCAGGGAACAAUAAGACAGUGGUUGGAUUGAAAUCAGUUAGAAAAGUGAGGUUGUUGUAUGCUAAUACACCGAGUUCCACCAUAGUUAAUGGCAAGAGAGUGGCUAAGUUAACCAGAACCAUUCCUCGCGGUGGAGGAGCUAAACCGGCACUAAGGAGCAAAGGUUCCGUGAAGAAGAAGGCUACAAAUGUGUAUGAUGAAGUAGAUGGCUUCUAUGAUCCCAUUGCAAAGGAACUUCUUUGCCAUAGAUGUCAUUUCGCUUUGAAGAACACUGCAACUAAAGAAGAGCCCUCUAAAGAUUCACCGGUAGCAGCAGAGCAUGAGCGGAAUCCGAAUGUUAAGGAAGGUUGUUUAGAUGAAUUGGUCUCUGAUUUCUCCAGCUCAAGCUAUGAGAGCUCUCUUGAGAUCAGUGCUAGUGCAGAGACUAAACUUGAUAUGAUAAGAAGCUCUCUGGAUUUGAUGAAUUCAGAGACCUCUCAGGUUUCUCUAGCUGCAUUCGGUAAUAAAAACACCGAAAAGGUUCCCGAGUACUGCAACAAUGAGAUCACUGAGGAAGAUUCUCUAUCCGCCAAAGAAGUUGAUCAGAAAGAUUCUGUCUUUAUGUCAGAACAGAGUGUGGAGAUUGGUUCUUUCAGUGAGAAAUCUGUUGUGAUGAAUCCAGAUAGUCCUCCAAACAAACUCAGCUUAGACGGAGCAGCCAUUGAAGAUGUCAAUGAGAACUCGGAAAUCGAAAACAAAGGCGGGGAAUGUAUCGGAUACAACAGCUCAAGUACGAGUAUAAGCGAGGAAGAACAAGAACAGAAGAAUAAUAUUAUGACAAGGUCUAGCUUUGGAAACAGACCUCAUAUGUCUAAAGAUGUGAGAUGGGAAGCUAUUCAGCAUAUAAGAGCACAACACGGGCUCGGUUCAUUGGGACUUAGGCAUUUCAAUCUUCUUAAGAAGCUCGGUUGUGGAGAUAUAGGAACGGUUUAUCUCGCUGAGCUCACGGGAACAAACUGCUUGUUCGCUAUAAAAGUGAUGGAUAAUGAGUUCUUGGAGAGAAGGAACAAGAUGUCGAGGGCUCAAACCGAGAAAGAGAUUCUCAAAAUGCUUGAUCACCCGUUUCUUCCGACGUUAUACGCUCACUUCACUUCCGAUAACUUGUCGUGUUUGGUCAUGGAAUGUUGUCCGGGAGGCGAUUUACAUGUCUUAAGGCAGAAGCAGCCCGGGAGGUGGUUUCCCGAGCCAGCGGCUAGGUUCUAUGUCGCGGAGGUGCUUCUUGCGUUGGAGUAUUUGCAUAUGCUCGGGGUUAUAUACCGCGAUUUGAAGCCUGAGAACAUUUUGGUACGCGAUGAUGGACACAUUAUGGUAACGGAUUUCGAUCUCUCCUUAAGGUGUACAGUGAGCCCAACGCUUCUAAACUCAUCAUCUCCGCUCCACGGAGAUGCGAUGAGACUCUCUUCAGGUAGCCGUAAUGGAUCUAACUGCAUUCAGCCAUCGUGUUUCCGCCCUAAACUAUCCCGCGGAUCUGGAACCAAGAAAAAAGGCAAACAACACCGCAUAAUGAUGAAGAAACUCAAGAAAUCCGACCUAAUCGCUCGGUUCAAAUCAUUGCCUCAGCUCGUGGCAGAACCAACAGAUGCGAGAUCAAACUCUUUUGUCGGAACACACGAGUAUCUCGCACCCGAGAUCAUCAAAGGCGAAGGUCACGGUGCAGCGGUCGAUUGGUGGACGUUUGGUAUCUUUCUCUAUGAGCUUCUUUACGGGAAAACUCCUUUCAAAGGAGCUACUAAUGAAGAGACUAUAGCUAAUGUGGUGCUUCAGAGCUUGAAGUUUCCUGAUAACCCUAAUGUGAGUUUCCAGGCUAAGGACCUAAUAAAAGGCUUGUUGGUCAAGGAACCUGAGAACCGGUUAGGGACAGAGAAAGGAGCGGCGGAGAUCAAACGGCACGCGUUCUUCGAAGGCUUGAACUGGGCUCUGAUCCGCUGCGCGAUCCCUCCCGAGCUACCAGAUUUUUAUGACUAUGGAGUUCCGAAUCCUGAAGGGAAAGGCAAUUACUUGGAUUGCAAGGCGGUUGGGGAACACCUUGAGUUUGAGUUGUUCUAG